AUGAGAGCGUCCGAAGAAGACGGUUUCAUCUCCGGAGAGAAGAGCCAUGAUUCUGAAAGGUCCUUCAAAACCAAGUACUCACCGUGGCUCAUGUACUCGUUGUUGGCGGUGGCAUGGGCUGUCUCCCUUGCCUUGACAUUUUACAUUUCUGGAAAGAGGAGCCAUCGUUGCGAAGGUCUCUCGGAGGUUUUCCCCACAGAGCUUCUGUCUGUACAACCAGCAAUUGAACUCGAGAAAGUACGCUUUAGUGGCACGCUCGAUUUUGACGAAAACAGCACUCUUAUUUCUACAUACUGGGACCCUGAUUCUCCGAAAUAUACAGGGGAGCCAAGUGAAGACUUGGAUCAACUUUGGAAUGCCUUAAUCUAUCGUAAGGGCUAUCUGAUUCUCCUACAUCCGAUCUUACUAUAUCCCCCUAUGUACCUAGUCGACUUCACCUUUGAAUUCUUUGCUAACCCCAUCGCAGCUGACGGCGUCGAUCUCCAGGGAGAGGAGGCCAAAUCUAUCCAGGGAAAGACCUUUGAGAAACCAGGAGGAUGGUCAAUUGUUAGCAUAGAUGUCUUUCACCAGUUGCAUUGUCUGAAUCUACUCCGUCAAGGCUUGUACCCAGAUUACUAUACCAAACACGAUCCAGAGCCCGAGUAUACUAUCCACAGAAAUCACUGCCUUGAUCAUAUUCGUCAAGCGCUGAUGUGCCAUGUUGACGUGACACCAAUUCCUGUCAUUUGGGCAGAAAAGGAAGGGAGGCCUUACAAUGACUUCCAGGUAGAGCAUACGUGCCGCAACUUUGGAAAAGUAAAGGAAUGGGCAAAGGCAAGGAGCGCUAAGGGCCAUGAGUACAUGCAUCAUCAUCACCACCAGUCUACGUAA